GUUAAAUAGCAGCUGGCUUGUUAAGCCGUGUAACUCAAUUUUGGCCUUGAUUUCUAUUUGGCCGCAUCAUAGUGAAAACGCUCUCUGGAGCUUGCUCUCGUGGAUUAGUCUCGUUCAGUUAAAAACGAGGAUACCACGUAAAUCUCGUGUUCUCUACUUUCCGCGUUACCAAGUUUUACAUGGUAUCAGAGCAGUGAUCGUUUGAUUUUUCUACGGCUUUCUUUAAUGCAAUCAUGGGCGACAAGGAUGGCACUUCGGCUGAUAGCAAGGCUGCCGCUACUAAUGGCGCCGACUUGAUUCCCCUCAGUUCGCCUCUCUUUCUUCACCCUUCCGGAAAUCCGGGUCAGUUGUUUGGUGGUGAUGUUCUGACCGAUCUUAACUACAAUGAAUGGAUUAGUGACAUGAAGGAGACUCUCAGUGCGAAGAACAAAAUUGCUUUUGUCAACGGGACUCUACCUCGGCCAGCCGCCACUGAUCUGGUUCGUCUCAACGCUUGGGAUCGCUGUGAUGCGAUGGUUAAAGGCUGGCUCAAGACGGCGAUGACGAAAGAAAUCAGGAAUAUCGUGCGUGGUGUUUCGACAUCUCGCGAAAUUUGGCUUGAUCUACGCCAGCGAUUUAGCCCAGGGUCGGCGACUCGAGCCUACGAGCUGCGUAGACUCAUUGGCGCUCUUCGAGAGGAUAAAUCCUCAGUCUCGGCCUUUAAUACGCGGCUUAGGACGUACUGGGAUGAAUCCCAGGCCGUUAGCGCCACUCCUCGUUGCAGUUGUAGCGGGUGCUCGUGUGAUGUAGCGGGACAGGUGCGUGCAAAGCUGGAGUCCAAGCGCCUCUUCGAUUUCCUUCUCGGACUGGACGAUGCUUUUGUCGUCAUCCGCUCCCAAGUCCUCAGCACCAAACCGUUGCCUUCUCUUGCGGAGGCAUAUCAGCUCGCUGCUGGAGACGAGCAGCAGCAGCAGCUUACUGCUGGGCGCCGACCUGCGGUAGACUCCGCCGCCUUCCAAGUCAAAGAAGAGAAGGCUGCUAGUUCUCCUAAGCCAGUACGUUGCAGCCACAGCCGUAAACUCGGCCGCACCAAGGACAUGUGCUAUCGUUUGCAUGGUUUCCCCACUUCAGACUUGAAGAAAGUGAAACAAGGUGAAAUACGUCGUUCACCUGGUGAUGCUCCACCUAGGCAGCCCACGUUGAAAAUGAGAGCAGCCCCAUUCCUGGGCUUUCGGCAGCUCAGUUCGCGCACUUGAAGGCUUUUUUAGUUCUCCAGUUCCAGGUUCCCCUGAUCUAACAACUCACAUGGCCGAUAAUCAUUCUGACCUUUACGAAUGGCUUAUCGAUUCAGGAUGCAAUGAGCAUAUUGUUAGGGAUGCUAGUUGGCUUGAUCGGGUUAAACGUAGUGGUAAUUACUCGCCUGUACACAUUGACAUACCUAACGGGCGGUGUGUUCCUGUUGAAGGGGUGGGGACAGUUCGCUUGACUGAUCGGCUCACUCUACAUCGUGUUCUCCAUGUCCCUGUUUUAAAUGCAACUUGCUCUCUGUUACUCAGGACCAUGAUAUCGUUUUGUUGUUCUUGGCUGGUGUUUGCGUUAUCCAGGACUCAUGUUCCAGGACAGUGAUUGGAUGGGGAGACUCCGUGAUGGUCUGUACUACUUGGAUCGAGGCAACGUGGAUACUACUUUGGAGGACCAUGGUCGUUAUGCGUUUGCUGUAGUUGGGCAUGACGACCCUACUCUUUGGCACCAUCGCCUUGGACAUCCAUCUUUUGAGAAACUCUCUCUAUUGCGUGAUGCUCUUAGUUCACCCAAGUUUUCUUUUGCUCGAACUCAUUGUGAUCCGUGUUGGAGAGCUAAGCAAACUCGUACUGUUUUCCUUUCCAGUUCGAUUACUACUCAUGGUUGUUUCGAAUUAAUUCACGUGUAUAUUUGGGGUAGUUAUAAGACUCCUUCUCUCGAUGGUUUGCGGUUUUUCUUAACCGUGGUGGAUUAAUUUAGCCGGGCUACCUGGGUCUAUUUACUCAAGUACAAGUCCGAAUUGAGAAAUAUAUUCUUGCUUUUUGU